AUGAUUAACAUUAUGCAGAUAAACAUGGAUGGCGGGAGAAAUGCGCAAGAUCCGCUAAUGGCUACAGCUAGCGAGCGUGGUGCGGAUGUUCUGAUCGUCAGCGAAGCUUAUCGCUGCGGGACAGAGGAAGAAGGUUGGUUUCCUGACACUUCAAGCAGAGCGGCCGUAUUCAUUGCUAACCCUACGAUACAAGUGCGAGAAAUUGGCCGAAGAGACACCGAUGGAUUCCGGUGGGUUGCCUUGGAUGAAAUCACAAUUUAUUCGUGCUACUGGUCACCAAACACAGACUAUACGUUAUUCGUCGACUUCUUAGACAGGCUCGAGGGGAGCGUUUGA